AUGAUGUUUGAAGAUAGCAUCAACCGAGAUGAGAACGUUAUAGCGCUGGCAACAGGGCUGACUCACUUCGAUUCGGGCACCUUCGCUGCACCACAAUUCCUACAGAAUAUCAUAGAGGAUGUGUUUUCCAAGGAUUCUGACACCAUUCGAUACAACUAUAGUCGACUCAACGGCAUGGUUCCUGAGAAACCCACCUAUUUUUCAUCCGACUACCCGAAAAAGUCUACCAAUCUAGAUACUGACUUCCACCAUUACAAUUUCGACGUUGAUAUAUUAACGAGAUGGGUAUCCCGAGACUUUCUACGGAUGUUUGUGCCAGUAAUAUACUUUCAGGACUCGAGAAAAGAGCGGAUGGAGAAACGAGCAGCUGCUCUUACCGCCAAACCGGUGCCCACACUAGCUGAACUCGACAUAUGUGCCAAGCUUAAAGGUAAAGGGUACUGGAACCGCAAAGGUGAAUGGUUCUGCACCACACGAGACGUCACUGUGGAAGGGGAUCAGCAGGGUCCGAUUUACUUUGGUACCUACAACGAGUGGGUGAAGUGGGAUGCCAGGCUUGACGAGGCGAUCAAAGAAGCCAAGUGGAAUGGCGACAUGGAGACCUUGAAGCAGCUACGGCUCGCAAGGAGCAACGCAUAA